CAGAGCACUGGGUACCCAGCACUGAGCACACCAUUCUUUGAGCUGAAAAUGAUGUGCAGUACCAAGAGUUUGCUCCUGGCUGCUUUGAUGUCAGUGCUGCUACUCCACCUCUGCAGCAAGUCAGAAGCAAGCAGCUUUGACUGCUGCCUCCAAUAUACAGAACGAAUCCUUCACCCCAGAUUUAUCGUGGGCUUCACACAGCAGCUGGCCAAUGAGGCUUGUGACAUCAACGCAAUCAUCUUUCACACAAGGAAAAGAUUAGCCGUGUGUGCGGAUCCAAAGAAGAACUGGGUGAAACAAGCUGUUCGUAUCCUCAGUCAAAGAGUCAAGAAGAUGUAAAAACAGAUGCUCCCUGGAACGGAAUUGGACACAGCCCAAGAGCAAAAAGAACCCAGCCGGAGCUGGUUCCACUUGCACGUCGCUGAGGGUUCAGAGCUUAUCUAGUUUGCACGUCUUUGGACUUGUCCAAUUAGUGAAGUUGAUUCAUAUUGCAUCAUAGUUUGCUUUGUUAAGCAUCACCUUACACUCUAUUUUAUGUUAUGUUAUUUAUGUAUGUGGGUUUUUUGUGUUUUGCUAUUUAAUACUGGUUUUCCAUAAGC